AUGGAUGAACGCGACGGGGUCGAAUAUCCCGAACAACAAACUCUAUAUCGACAAUCAUUAUUGAAGAAGACUAAGAGUGAAAUUAAACACGAGAAAAAAAUGUCAAAAACAGAGAGUCGAUUCAAAUCGAAACUUGAAUCAUUAAAAAAAUUACAACACUCAGCAUCAACGAAUAGUGCAGUCGAAAAAGCACGAGCAUUUUUUCGUUCAUUAGAACUAAAACAUCAUGGUAGUAGCAGUAGUAAUGACCAAUCGUCAUCGGCAUCUCCUCGACGACGUCAUCCGACUACUGCUAACAAUAUUGGUCAUUCAACUUCAGGAAAAUUUCCUCCGCCUUCUUCAGUGUCAUCAUCAAGUUCAUCGUCAAUUAUCGACGAUAGUCAAAAUACGAUCUCAUUACCAACGACGACUGAUUCGUCGUUACCAAUUAAAAAUCCUACUGAUGGAAUUGCCACAGCAAGACUUAUUCGAGUGAUUAAUUCGAAUUAUUCGAAUUCCAAAGAUAUGAUUGUUCAUCGUGCCAUUUAUGAUGAUCAACCACCAUAUUUUAGUCAUCAUUCUAUGUUAUAUGAAAGAAAUUUUCCUUCACCUCAGCCAUUCUACAACGAAAGAAGUCAAAGCUAUUCGGUAUCUAUGGAAAAACAUCGAGAGAUUCAAGCAAAAUAUGACAUUCGUCCACUAUCACCUGUUUCGUCAAUGAAUUCCAAUAUAAUUUAUUCCAGUCAAAUCUACUGCAAUUCUCCCUCGUCAAUUGAACCGAUGGCGAUGAACGGAAACAUUACCGAUCAUCAAUUAUCAACUUCUCUAUAUAAUUAUCGACCAUUAGUGUGCCGUCAUAUUGAAUCUCCAACGUUAAUGUCUUCGUCAUUUCACGAACCGUCCGAUCGAAUGUCGGAUUCUCUAAUUCGACCAUUACCUCCAUCGUCAUCAUCAUCAUCAAUGUCAACGUGGAAUCAAAGUGUUCGCCGUCUUAAUAAUGAAUAUACUUCAACGAUCAAUGCUCUUCAACAAGCGAAAGAAUCAUUACAAGAUAUCUGUUCCGAACAGAAUAAUAAAAUCUCCAAGUACGCGAAUUUAGUUGCCCGAGGAAUUGAUAAUCUUUCCAAUAUCGAACCAAAGAAAUCGUUAGGCGUUACUUUUUGUCUCACUGCACCCAUAUCUUCCCCGAAUUCAAUGACAAACUCAUAUGAUGAGAACAAAUCGGUCACAUCAAGCAUGUUCUGCAAACCGAAACUCGUUCGACCAUUAGAUUUGGACACAUUCAUUCCAUCGAUUACAUCUUUACCAAAAUUAGAACCUGUUUCAUCAAUUCCGGAAAAGAAUACUAAAGUAGACUCCAUCGCGAGUAUAAUCAAAAAGUUUAAUAACUUCAAUAAUUCACCAGUGUCAUUAAAAUCUCGAACGAUUAUCGAAAAUCAUGAAGAAGCAUCAUUUUUAUCUCAAUUCAACAAGGAACAGCAACAGCAACAACAAGUUUUACCAAAAAUGGUUGUCUUUGACUCCGUUCCAGCGAGAAAAGAACGAUCGAAUCUUCCUUCGUUAACGUCAUUAACUGACUUAAGUCCAAGUUAUCCAGUUUCAUCUCCUCGAGUUCACUUCGAACCAUCGGUAACGACAUACGAAAUUGAAGAAAUCCCCUAUGAGUCUCCACCACCACCGCUCCUCUCUUCUUCUUCGUCUUCAACAUCCACAUCGAUAUCUGAUGAUUCGACAAGCAGUUCAUCGACUGAUGAAAAUCAGGUCUACGAAAAUAUUCGAUGCGACAAUAUCGUUCAAGAAGAAACAACAUACACAGUUGAAACAUUUUAUAAAAGUACACAUACCAAUGAAACGAAUAAGGCGAAUUUAAGCAAUCAACAAGUGGUUGUUAUUCGAGAAAAUACCACCGAAGAACAAUUUAACUCCGCUCGCGAGAGAAUACGUGCAGAAAAAAGUCGCAUUCGUCAUAGUCCUUUGAAACAUACGUUUACAACAAAUGAAACUGAAGUUCCACCAUUAACAACACCUCUACUCACAUAUCUAAAUUUGACAGUCAAACAAGCAUCACCAACGAUCGAAACAAAAGACGAAAUUCACGAAAAUUAUCAUUCCAUUGAGCCAUCAUCAGUAGCACAUGUCUCAAACAAUUUUAUCUCUUCUAUUUAUCGCACGGAAGAAAAUGAGACAAUAAAUGACGUCGUUACAAUCAACCCUCAUACGCAUUCACCACCAUCUCAUCGGCUAACCAGUAGUUCGUCAUCGAGUAGCACAGUAUCGUCUGCUUCAACUGUUCUUAUUAGUCAAAAGACAACUUCGGUCAAUUCAAACGUUCCCAACGGUAAUCUAACAAAAAACAACAAUAAAUCUGUUUCACAACUACCAAAACGUACUCUCAGCAACACUCCCAGUACAACAAUAACAAACGCAUCGCGUUUGAAACAGCCAUUAAAAAAUGUUCCAACUUCAAGUAAACUGAAACCGCCUUCGUCAACAAUUAAAAAACCAUUGAAAACAACGAUUACAAGUCAUACGUCAUCAGUAACACCCUCGACGAUGGCAACAUCAUCAAUACGAAAACCAACAGGAAUAACGAAUCAAUCAUCAACGUUGCCGAAUAACGUCGCCAACAGAACUACUCAACAACAGGUGUCAUUAACACCGUUAACUUCGACUGGAAAGAAACACAACUUAGUCAACGGAACUAAUAUGACUGAAUCACAAAAUCUCGCAGAAUCUUCGUCUUCUCUUGGUAAAAAUCGGGUGAGAUCGAUGGUGAAUCAAUUGAAUGCUGCUGUAUCAUCAGCACGGCCAGUUGCUCCAGUAGUUAUUCCGACCAAACGAACGCCAUUGUUUUCACCAGUGGUCAAUUCACGACAUUCAGCAUUGAUCGAAUCAUCAACAAGUCCACCACCAACACCAGCCAUUACAAAACCUACAAUAACCACACCGAGUCGUCCAACACUUCAACGUGCGAUGACGAUCAAUAUGAAUCGAUCGGGAGCAACAUCGCCUCCAUCAGCACCUUCGACAACCAAUAAUAAUAUCCCGUCAGCUUAUAAACGAAGAACACCUCUUGUUCGUUCCACAUCGAAUGUGAAAGAGGGCCUUCUUCGUUGGUGUCAAGCACAAGUUGCUAGUUACCCUAAUGUUUCGGUUACUAAUCUCUCAUCAUCAUGGGCAGAUGGUUUAGCAUUUUGCGCCCUAACUCAUCAUUUCUUUCCAGAUGCGUUCGAUUUCAAUAGUUUAUCAUCAAGUAAUCGGAAAGAAAACUUUGAACUUGCUUUUCGUGUCGCUGAAGAACGUGCCGGUGUGCCCCAAUUGCUCGACGUUUCGGAUAUGCUCAUUAUGGGUAAUACGCCUGACUACAAAUGUAUAUUCACAUAUCUCAAUUCAUUUCUGGCCAAAGUUAAGGAUUUACAUCCAACAAGCAAUGGUGAUAACCAUAAUUGA